AUUGUAUCUUUGACAACAGGGGCUGAUGGAUCUUUAUUUUCGCAGAUUUGUGCAAAAUGUAGGACUCUCGAAAUUAUUUUUGCAAAGAUCUAUCAUAACGCCAACGUUCCUGCUGACCUUGGUGUCAUUUUUAAGGACACUGACCAUUAAGCAAUAUGAUAGUUUGUCCUGGAAACCGAUGGCGUCAGAGACAUUAUAAAGUGUUUGUGUCCUCAUCACAUCAUCAGAAAGGAUUUUCUUUUCAUCGAUUUUCAUCAGGUGUAUUGCAUUAGCUCACAGCUUAAACUGUUUUUUGCUGGUUGUUAUCAAAAAGCAAACACUUUGAAAGUUGUCGAACUAUUUUCAACUUCUUGUGAAUGGGGUUUCAUUGCUGGUUGCUAGCAGCGAUACACCAAUUGGGACAAAGACGGCUUGAUUUGAGGAUUUUUUUUCUUUUCGACGUUUACUGAGGCGUGGUUUACUUCUCUCCCCAUGGCUUGCUUUGCUGCAAGGAGUGGGUGACCGUCCACUGCCUGUCGCUGUUUGUGUUCUAAACGGCAUGAUAGCGCUGUAAGUAGCCAGGAGAGCUGAUGCCGACCAGUUCCUUUGACAGCGUUAGAGACAGCGUCCACAGAACGGUGAAUUCGAACCUGCACCACAGCCCUCGCCUCUGGCACUGGCGGAGAUCAUCUAGUAUGCCAUUUAUCUACCUGUUCGCUUUCUUGUACCCUCUACUUCAAGCCUGUCUGCUGUCCGUUGUGUCCUGUUUGUCCGAUUCCGACAUCGAAAACCUGCUGUACAUCCACAACUACUACAGACGUUUAGUUGCCACUGAGUCACACCCACAAAAAGUUUCAAACAUGAAUGAAUUGCGGUGGAGCAACGAGCUCGCUGCCUUGGCGGCCCAGAACCUCACCUGUCAGAGCAGACAUGAGGGCCAGGUGGAGACGUUACGGUCCAACGUGCAGUACGGAGUCAACGUGGGACGCCGGAGACAGAUGCCCAACGCUCUCAGACAGAUCGUGCGGCGCUGGUACCGGCAGAGCCAGCUCUUCCUGCCAGAGGAAGACGCCUGUCUACCUUGGAACGGUUGCAACGAGUACCGAAAUAUGGUGAAUGCAAAACAUCGAGAAAUUGGCUGUGCAACGGUAGAGCCCUGUGGGGGCAGAAACCAGCUGAUUGUUCUUUUGUGCCUCUAUGACGGAGGACCGACUGAUCAUUUUAAUUUCAAGCACGGUCUUCCAUGUACUGCUUGUUCUCACCCGAUGUCUUUUUGUAAUUCCAAUUUAUGUGUUUCUUGUGACGCCUCCAGAAAUGAAUGCCAAUGCACGAAGACGUGUGUGAAAGAAGGGGUAGGGUUUGGAACUCUGGACCCUAGUACUUGUACUUGCAAUUGUCAAUAUGGGAAUGGACCCAACUGUGAUGAGCUAUGUCAAAACCCUGUGCAAUUCUUGGACUACGACAUCUGUGCCCAGGUACCGGAAAGCGACUGCAAUGACCCGGAAAUGGGACCCAGCUACAGAGAGUUCUGCCCAGAGCUCUGCUCUUGUCGACCGGCGCCGUCACGGGGUUAACCUGAUGAGCUCAGACCAACUCGACGACAAUUACUUCCCUUGCCAGUUGCCGUGUGGUGAUGUGCUUUCUGCCUCACCACCCCUGCUCGUCCGCUGCCCCCCUGCUCUUCGUUUGUGACAAACAGAAAACACCCGUCGCCCUCUCGCUCAGCUGAAUCAUCAACGCCCUCAUUAGUCCUCAAGCUCGUCACCCCUCCAUUCAUCAAAAGUCGAAAUUGUCAGCCGUGGAAACCGUUUCCACUACAGCUCUAUUUUUUUCAAAUCUGAACUAAAGGAGCCCCGCCGUAGUUCCUUUUCCAUCCCUGAGGAUAAAAGGAUUACAGUGUCGUUAUAGACCGUGAGACACCCCCCAACCCCCUCCUCUUUUUUCCAAGGCUAUGGCAAGCAACGUUAAUUUAUAGCUCCGGAAAAAUCGAAUCCUAGAAGGACCUCAACCAGACAGAUCGAUUAGAAGAUCAAGUUAGAAUAACAAGUGUAGAGUUGGAUUUGGCUAGGCCUCCCUCUUCACCCACACUACUUUUAGCUGCCUUCGAAUGGUCUCCAGAGGGCAAACGAAAGAGAGGCAGAUGAAUGGAAAUCUGAAGAAGAACUAUUGAGAGGGAAAUGAGGGAGCAGGAAAGGACAUUGGGCCACCUUGCAAUACUUCUGAAGACAUUCGUCUUUUGGUGGACUCUGGUGGUGGCCUUAUACACAGACCCGUGUGAAGAAAACUAUGAAAACAAGAAAGUAAACUGCACCGUCGUCGUCGAACUUGAAAGUUUUUCAAGAAUACUCUUGCAGUUUAACUUCUGUUUCUGCUCCCAUCAGAGAUCUUGAGUAGAAUCCGAAUUCCGUCGACUCUCCAUCACUUGUGACGUCUGGGGUGAUGGAGGAAGCAAAUACCCCUGAAAAGAACGAACAAUCAUGAACUUCGUGAACACAGCUCAAUUUAUGACUUUUAUUUUUUGCUUUCGAUGGAGCACAUUGCCCCCAAGCAUACUUGUAACCUAAUGCGAACACACACACACGCACACACACAAACACACACAAACACACAAACACACACACACAC